CUGGAUCAGCCUCCCUCACUCAUGGAUGGACAGGAGACACACUCUGAAGCAGACAGAAGAGGAAUAACUACAUGGGCCAAAUACACAAUCAAUUACUAAUACAGAAUGCCCCCUAAGAAGAAAAAUGAUGCAGCUAUUGCUGUUGAAGAUGUUGGUAUGGAGGUGGAUGCUGUAGUCGACAGUGGAAGUGAAGAAGAGGCCAGGAGAAGAAUAAAAAACAGAAGAGCUAAACCUCAGCGUAAAGCCAAGCAUUUCAGCGAUGAAGAGGAAAAUGAGGAAGAAGAGGAUGAGUCACCAAGGAAGAGAGGAAGAAAGAAGAAAGCAGUGCGCCCGGACAGCGAUGAUGAAGAGGAUGAUGAUAACAAGAGUGUGAAAAGAAAAGCCUCCAAAGCUUCCAGAAAGAAAGCAGCCAGAGAAGAAAGCGAGGAUGAGAGCGAGGAGGACGACAAGAGGAAAAAAAGAGGAGGAAAGGCGGUGUCAAAAAAGGACAACGAGGAGAAGAAUAAAGAGAAGAAGGGAAAUGCUAAAAGGAAAAGAGGCAGUGAGAAAGGUGGUGAGAAGGACAAAAAGAAGAAGGGGAAGUUGAGCAGCUCUUCUUCCUCCUCUGACUCUGAUGAAGAAUCUCUGUCUGAAGGAGAGAUGGCAGCCUUGAAGGAAGAGGUAGAGGAGAAGAAGAAACUGAUUGCCACAUUAAGGAAUAAACCGUGGCGAAUGAAGAGGAGACUCGUUUUGCUCAAGGAGGCACAGGAGUUUAUUGAAAAGUUUGAAGGAGCUCUCGGGAAAGGAAAAGGAAGGAAACUGUACGCUUUCAAAGUCAUGAUGGCUAAGAAAUUCAUCAAGUUCAAACGUGACUUUGAGAACUUCAAAACAGCCUGCAUACCCUGGGAGAGGAAGAUUAAGGAUGUUGAAAGUCACUUUGGGUCCUCUGUGGCAUCUUACUUCAUAUUUUUGAGGUGGAUGUAUGGCCUGAACCUGGUCCUAUUUGGAUUCAUGUUUGGCCUGGUGGUCCUGCCUGAGAUUCUCAUGGGUCUACCAUAUGGCUCCAUUCCCAGGAAAACUGUACCCCGAGAGGACCAGGCAAAAGCUAUGGACUUCUCUGUGCUUUUCGAUUUUGGUGGCUACUGCAAAUAUUCGCUUUUAUUCUACGGAUUCUAUGACAAUAAGCGAACCAUCGGUGUGCUGCAAUUUCGACUUCCCCUGUCAUACUUGCUGGUUGGCGUUGGAAUCUUUGGAUACAGCUUGAUGGUUGUCAUUCGAACGAUGGCCCGUAACUCAAAUGAAGGAGGCGACGGUGCUGAAGAGGGAGAGUUCACCUUCAGCUGGAAGAUGUUCACCAGCUGGGACUACCUGAUCGGAAACCCAGAGACAGCAGAUAAUAAGUAUGCCUCCAUUACCACCAGCUUCAAGGAAUCCAUUGUAGAUGAACAGGAGAACCAGAAGGAUGAGAACAUCCACCUGCGUCGCUUCCUCAGGGUCCUUGCCAAUUUUCUCAUCCUGUGCAGCCUUGGAGGCAGUGGUUACCUCAUUUACUUUGUGGUGAAGCGCUCUCAGGAAUUUGCUGACAUGGAUAAUGAUGAACUCUCCUGGUUUGAAAAGAAUGAGGUGGAGUUUGUGAUGUCUUUGCUGGGCUUGGUGUGCCCUCCUCUUUUUGAAACCAUCGCUGAACUAGAGGACUAUCACCCCCGAAUUGCUCUCAAGUGGCAACUGGGACGCAUCUUUGCACUUUUUCUGGGAAACCUUUACACCUUCCUUUUUGCACUUUUUGAUGAGGUCACUGCAAAGUUGGAGAGUGAGAAGGCCAUCAAGAACGCCACUGAGUGGGCUCUAAAUGAGUAUCAUAGCAACUACAGUAGCUUCUACAACACCACAGAUGUGCCUCCUCCCAAUGUCCACCCUGCCGACGUCAUCAGGGGACCCUGCUGGGAGACUGCAGUUGGCAUUGAAUUUGUGAAGCUGAUCGUGUCUGACAUGCAAGUGAAUUACUUGACAAUCCUGAUUGGAGACUUUGUGAGAGCUGUUGUUGUCCGUUUCCUCAACUACUGUUGGUGCUGGGACCUGGAGGCUGGAUUUCCUUCAUACGGUGAAUUUGACAUCAGUGGGAAUGUGCUGGGCCUCAUCUUCAAUCAAGGAAUGAUAUGGAUGGGUGCAUUCUAUGCUCCAGGGCUGGUGGGUCUGAACGUAUUGCGUCUCCUGUGCUCGAUGUACUAUCAGUGUUGGGCUGUGAUGGCCUGUAAUGUUCCCCAUGAACGGGUCUUCAAGGCCUCGCGCUCCAACAACUUCUACAUGGGUCUGUUGCUGCUUGUGCUCUUUCUAAGCCUGCUGCCAGUGGUCUACACUAUAAUGACGUUGCCUCCAUCAUUUGACUGUGGGCCAUUUAGUGGCCAAGAGAAGAUGUACGAUGUAGUCAUGGAGACAAUAGAACAGGAUCUUCCUUCCUUCAUUGGGAACAUAUUCGUCUAUGCCACCAACCCUGGACUUAUCAUGCCCGCUGUACUUCUUAUGGUGCUGGCCAUCUAUUAUCUGAAUGCCGUGUCAAAAGGAUAUCAACAAGCAAACAUAGACCUUAAAAAGAAGAUGCAAAUGGCUCGAGAUGAGGAGAAGAAUCGCAGGAACAACAAGGACAGCACUAAUCAAGUCAUGAAAGAUUUGGAAGACUUGCUGCCAGACAAAUCUUUAAUACCACUUAUGACUGAGGAAGAGCCGCCCCCACCUGAAGUUGUCACUGAGAAGGGAACCAAGUCUCCGAAAAUGAAGCCAGGUUCAGCAGUCAAUGGGAAAGGGGUUAACCUGCAAAAAGAUGUAUCAUUGGCUGCUUCCAAUCCCAGGGGCGUGGUGACCCGGGCCCCUGGCCCGAGAAGUCGACCUCCUGGAAAUGCUCGGGGGCCUCAACCUGGGCAAGGCAGGGGGAGAGGCCGAGGCAGGCCUCCAAGACAAUAGUUUUGCUGACAGCGCACGUGAUCUUGGAUGCAAUGACUGGCACAUCUUGAUUUUCGUGCAGGUAAAAGCCUCCUUUAUUGUAUUUGGGAAUUUGGCAAACUGAGCUGCGCAUUCAAGUGGACCGACAGCAUUUUCUUUUCUAACACUUUGUUUUUAUAAUCAUCUUCAUUAUAUUUUUAAAAUCACCCCG